GGGGCGCCGAGGGCGCAGCGGAGGUUGCUCGAAGAGCCACCAAAAACGUAAACAUGACUUCUCGGAGGUCCGCGCGGAUGUCGUGGAUCGGCGCUGGGCCCCCGAGCGGCGCCUCCGGCGCCGCCUCGGGCGCGCUCCGCGCGCCAGGGGAGGGGAUUUAGCGCAGACCCGAGGAUUCUGCGCAGACCUCCGACAGUGUACGUUUAUCCAAUUUUUUCUUCUUCCAGCUGCGGCCGAGGCUGCGGCCGAGGGGGCGUCUGGCGGGGAGGCUUUGCGGGUGCAGAUGGACAAAGCCAAGUCGAACGUGGCGGCGGCGCAGGCGCUCUACAACGUGCAGUCGACCACCACCGCGGUAAACGAGGAGGCGGUGCAGAAGGCGUGGGCGGACCUUGCGGAGCAGCAGUCGUUGCUGAUGCGGCUCACCACCGAGCUUGCCGACGGCCGCGCCUCGAUGCAGGCGGAGGUGAAGGCAGAGGCCGAGGCGAAGCAGCGCGAGGCCCAGGCAAAGGAGCGCGAGCUUCAGGAGGCGCUGCGCAAACUUGAGGCGCAGCAGGCAGCGAUGCGGGCGGAGGCAGAGGCGAAGGAGCGUGAGGCAGAGGCAAAGCUGCGCGAACUGCAGGAGACUCUGCGCAACCUUGAGGCGCAACAGGCAGAACUGAGGGCAGAGGCGGAGGCGAAGGAGCGGGAGGCAGGGGCAAAGGAGCGCGAGGCAGAGGCCAAGGAGCGCGAGGCAGAGGCAAAGCAGCGUGAGGCGGAGGCCAGGGAGGAAAGGCUGCAGGCGACGGUGCGCAGGCUCGAGUGGAGCCUCGAGGGCAGGGGCAAGGAGGUGAGCAGGGCGGAGGCCAGGGAGCGCGAGGCGAGGACGAGGGAGCGCAACCUGGCGGCCCUGCUGGAAGACCAGGGCCAGGCGCUCGCCGAGGCAUCGAGGGCGGCGGCGGAGGAGGAGCGGGUGCGCGGUGCCGCCGCGGCUGCGCGCUCGGACCUGCUCCUCGCGAUGCUCAAGGUCGUGGGGGACCGGGCCCAGAACGCCACCGGCGGCGAGCCCAUCCCGGACCUGGCCGAGCAGCGCGAGGCGGCCCUGGAGGGUGCGCGCGCCAACGCCCAGAGAGUCACCGAGCUGGAGGCCGAGACCGAGCUGGCGCGAGCUGAGCUGGAAGAGAUGAGGGCCUCGCUGGAGACGGAGAGGCGUGCAGAUCGCGGCGCUGCGCUGGUCGAGGCGAGGGCGCGGGCGAAGUUUUUGGACAGGGCGCUGACUAGCAUAGCCAGCGAGUCUGGCGCCUUCGGCGCCGGCAACCUGUUCGGGCUUUUGAAGCGUCGGAGCAACGACGAGGUUGUGCAGGACAUCCUGGAACGUGUGGACAAGCUGAAGGCGCGCUAGUGAUGGCCACGUCGGCAACUUCUCUGAAUUCCCCGCCUUUCAGCCUCGUCCAGCCCGGCUGCGCCGUGACUUUGUAUCCAGAGAGCCCGGUGUCCCAGUGAGGAGGAGCACACCUCACAGGAGGACGAGGGGACAGGCAGGACGGGGACAUAUUCUUGGUCGUUGCGAUUCUAGGCUCGACGAGGGUAGCUCAGGUGGAGAAGCGA